UAAAUACGAUGAGUUAUUCUAAUCUCGAAUUAUUGGUAAAAAUAUAUUCACCAAGAAGAGGAAAUCUGUAAAGGUUGAACAAUGCAAAGUGAAGAUUGACAAUGGCAUUUAAUUUUAAAACUAUUUCUGCAAAACAAGGAUCUUGGAACUGUUUUAACGGGAUUUCACUCAGUGAUGGGUAGUCCACUCGCCUCAGUGUAGAAUCGGAAGCAAAAUGCGCUUUUGCCUGAAGAAGGUCUUUCUGAUGAUAUCUGGGGCCACAGUCACUUUCCUUCUCCUGGCGUUGGUGGAUUACCAGCGGCGAGGAGGCAGCAGCGGGGUCAAGGUGAACGCCGGCCGGCUGUCGGCCGCUCCGAGCGUCCGGGGUGCCGGAGGGGACCCGCCGCCCGGAGCAGUCAAACCCGGGCUGACAUCUCAAGGGACGCACCCCUCAGAGCGAGCGGCUCGGCAGCGGAAAGUGGAACUGAAGGACAUCUUUAUCGCCAUCAAAACCACUCACAAAUUCCACAAAUCCAGACUGGAAGUGCUUCUGCAGACCUGGAUCUCAAGAGCUUGGAAACAGACGUAUAUCUUCACGGAUGGUGAUGAUGAGGAGCUGAAGACCAGGACAGGUCACCGGGUCAUCAAUACCAAUUGCUCUUCUGCCCACAGCCACCAAGCCUUGUCAUGCAAGAUGGCGGCGGAGUUCGAUGUGUUUGUGGCAUCACGCCUGAGGUGGUUCUGCCACGUCGACGACGAUAACUAUGUCAACGUCCGCGCUCUGCUCGAGCUCCUGUCCAGCUUCCCCCCGACGCAGGACGUCUACGUGGGAAAGCCCAGCCUGGACCGGCCAAUUGAGGCAUCUGAGAAGCUGCCCAACAAUAAAACGAAAUCGGUGCACUUUUGGUUUGCCACAGGAGGUGCUGGGUUCUGUAUCAGCCGUGGCUUGGCACUGAAGAUGAUGCCCUGGGCCAGCAACGGGCAUUUUAUGAACACGGCGGAGCGAAUCCGCCUCCCUGACGACUGCACCAUCGGUUACAUCAUUGAGGCUGUCCUGGGCGUCAGCCUGAUUCGAAGUCCACUCUUCCAUUCGCACCUGGAGAACUUGCAGCUGGUUCCCCGAGCACAGAUUCAAUCCCAGGUCACUUUAAGUUACGGAACCUUUGAGAACAAAAGAAAUAUCAUUGAGAUGAAGGGAUCAUUUUCUGUUGAUGAGGACCCAUCCAGGUUCAAGUCGAUUCACUGUCUACUGUACCCAGAAACACCUUGGUGUCCCUAGACCUGCGACAUGUCUCAGGGUUAAAGGUUACUGGAGGCUAGAGUCACAGUUGCCAGCUCUGCACUUUCUUUGCACUUUGGGUCACUGACGUUUGCGACCAAUGGUGUGAAAUAAAAGAAAGAGGAAGAAAGGAGAAAUAAACACUCAACCAGAACUAUGCUAGAAUGAAAAAUAGUCACACCAUGACUUCGCCAACUUGGCAUACAAAGGAGUGGACCUCAGCUACACACAGAGACAAUGAGAAAAUGCCAAUGAGAUCCUUGACUGGGAAAUAUUUUGAAAGAAGAUUUAUUUUUAAAGAAUGAUAGAUUUCUGUAUAUUUUUGCAUAACUGGAUAGAGCCCUGGCCUGCUUCAGUGCACGCACAAAAGGCAAUUCGGGAUAAUGAUCGUGUACAUCAGUGAGACCUGAUUUAGAUUGGGGGACUGCUUUGCUGAGCACUUUUGUUCCAUCUACAACAGACACGAUUUCCCUGUGGCUAACCUUUUUAAUUCCAGUCCCCAUUCCCAUUCCUGAAUGUCAGUCUAAGGCCUCCUCCACUGACACAGUGAGGCG